UUUUAGCCAUGCUGUGGAAGAGGCUCUUCUGUUUCUCAGGCAUGCCUGGAGUGUGGAGAGCAAUGCUGCUGUUGGUUUGUGUCUGCACCUGGCUAACAGCCCAGACCCAGGGAUCCCUGGUUGUUUCUCACAGAGAUGCACUGACAGAGGUCAUACUUUUGUUGUGUUCCAGGACACCAAAGAAUCUAUGGGCACCAGAUCAAUAAAGAAAAGAAGCACAACUUCUGUGGUGGAGGUGUACAGUGUGAUGGUGCAUUGCACUGUGAUGUCCCGUUUUGCUCACACUGUCAUGACCUCUAAAGCUCUGAACAAAGCAAACACCUCACAGGAAAUCUUCUUUGAAGUGGAUCUGCCAAAGACCGCCUUCAUCACAAACUUUACCAUGGAAAUUGAUGGUCAGGUGUAUGUUGGGGAGGUGAAGGAGAAAGAGAAAGCCAAGGAACAGUACGAGAAGGCUGUUUCAUCUGGGAAAACUGCUGGACUGGUCAAGGCCUCUGGCCGAAAGAUGGAGAAGUUUUCUGUGUCUGUCAACAUUGCAAGCAAAAGCAGUGUGACUUUCAUUCUGACCCACGAGGAGCUCCUUAGGAGGAAUCUAGGCUACUAUGAGAUUCUGACCCGAGUCAAACCUGAACAACCAGUGCAGGAGUUUCAGAUUGUGGCAGACAUAUUUGAGCCCCAGGGAAUUUCUUUCGUUGAGGCCACUGCAUCCUUCCUCACCAAUGAUCUGCUGUCACUUGUGGAGAAAACUGUGACAGACAAAAAGGCACACAUCUCUUUUUCACCAUCUAUGGAGCAGCAGAGGAAAUGUCUGGGAUGUGAAGGCACCAUAAUUGAUGGAGAUUUUAUCAUCAAGUACGAUGUGAAUCGGGAGAAGAGCCUGGGGCAGGUUCAGAUUGUGAACGGAUACUUUGUGCACUUUUUUGCUCCUCCUGACCUGCCCAGAGUCCCAAAGAACGUGGUGUUUGUGAUUGACAGGAGUGGAUCGAUGGCUGGCAGAAAGAUUGAACAGACCCGGGAUGCUUUGGUCGCCAUUCUGAAAGACCUCUAUGAGGAGGACCACUUUGCUCUUGUCCUUUUUGAUGAUGAAAUUACCACCUGGAGGGACUCUCUUACCAAAGCAUCAAAGGAAAAUGUGUCUAAAGCCAUUGCCUACAUCAGGAAGCUAAUGAACCGUGCUACCACCAAUAUCAACGAUGCUGUACUAACAGCAGUCAGCAUGCUGGUGAAAGAAAGAGAGCAAAAGAACCUUCCAGAGAGGAGCACAGAUAUGAUUAUCUUACUAACCGAUGGGAUGCCAAACCACGGAGAAUCAAACCUCCAGAGAAUCCAGGAGAACGUGCACUCUGCUAUUGCGGGUAAAAUGUCCCUGUUCUCUCUUGGAUUUGGAAAUGAUGUGGAUUACUCCUUCCUCGAUGUGAUGAGCAAACAAAACAAAGGACUGGCCCGCAGAAUAUUUGAGGGAUCAGAUGCAUCACUUCAACUUCAGGGUUUCUAUGAGGAGGUGUCCAGCCCUCUGCUCUUGGAUGUGAACCUGCAUUAUCCUGAAAAUGCAGUGGAAUUCUUGACCAAAAACCAAUAUAGCCAGUUGUUUAAUGGCUCAGAGAUUGUAGUUACAGGUCGGGUGACUGACAAUAACCUGGAUAACUUCUUGGUGGAGGUGUUUGCAAAGGGGUCUGAGGAAGAUUAUUCAGUUCAGGGAACGGCCAGUGUGGUAAACUUUGACAUGAUCUACCCAGAUCAGGAUUAUAUUUUUGGGGAUUUCUCUGAGCGUCUGUGGGCCUACCUCACCAUCCAGCAGCUACUGGAGAACAGUGACAUUGGUACUCAGCAGGAGAAAGGCAAUGCCACAGCUAAGGCUCUGGACAUGGCCCUUAGAUACAGCUUUGUCACCCCUCUCACAUCCAUGGUGGUCACCAAGCCAGAAACUGAAGACGGAUCAGAGAGCCCGCUCAUUGCAGACAAACUGACUGAGGACCAGCGACAGAAAGCUGAGAAGCAAGGAGGUUCCUCGGCCCAUGGAGGAAGUUCCAGGAGUCAAUCAAGUGGUCCGCCACCUCGUAGUACCAAUUCCAGAAUUUCUGCAACCCACAGGCCCAGAUCACAUUCCAAGAGUCGUGGUUCUAGUUCUCGUGGCCAAUCAGAUGUGGACGGGGAUCCUCAUUUCAUGAUAGAGGUCCCAGACAGAGAAGAUGCUCUGUGCUUCAACAUCAACGACAAACCAGGAACCAUUUUCAACCUGGUUAGAGACCCAACAUCAGGUUUUGUUGUUAAUGGACAAAUCAUUGGUAAGAAGAAAUUUGCCCCAGAUGGAAACAUCAACACCUACUUCGGCCGUUUUGGUAUCAUCCACCAGAAGCUGGGAGUGAGGCUGGAGGUGAGCACUCAGGACAUCUCGGUGUACCACGCUGGCCAGCAGGUCAGGCUGCUGUGGUCUGAUACAGCAACUAUCAAAGAAACUGAUAUGGACCUCAGGUUGACUAAAAACUCCAGCCUGACUGUGAUGCUGAGGCACUCAAUCAAAUUCAUGGUAAUAAGACACACAAAAGUUUGGAGGAGGCGCCACGACCAGCAAGACUACCUGGGUUUCUACACAUUGGACAGCCACCACUUGUCUGCUUCAGUACAUGGUCUGCUAGGUCAGUUCUAUCAUGGGGUUGAGUUUGAGGUGACCGACAUAUAUUCAAAGAAGCGUCAGGAAAACUCAUAUGCCUCCAUGUAUGUCAAAGGCCAAAUACUCAACGUGACCAGACACUGGCAGAAAGAUUUCAGCAGGGAUCUGAAGAAUGGGAAGAGUGUUCCCUGCUGGUUUGUUGACAGAGAUGGAACAGGCCUCAUUGAUGGAAAAGCCUCAGACUACACUGUGUCAGGGCUUUUUAAGACUACUUUUUAAAAUGUGAAAAGUUAGUAUCCAAGUAACAUUGCACAGGGGCACCGUCAUCAAGGUGUGACUGUUGUCUGGUGUGAGAGUGCAGGUUACAGAGUUACUGUGUGUCUUCGCUCAGAAAUCAUAUGCAGAAAGAAGGCAACAGAAAAACAAGGAUGAUAACAUUGCCAUUAAAUGGUUAAACAAGAUACAGGAUAUUAAGCAGCAUCAGCCAGUUUAUUUAAAGGUGACAUAUUAUGCUCUUUUUGAUCAGAGUAUAUUGGUCUAAGAGGUCCCCAAAACAUGUCUUUAAAGUUUAUUGCUCAAAAAAACACUUUGAAAUCAGAUUUUGGCAUGCCUGUAAAUCCCUCUUUUUCAGCCCUGCUCAGAACAGGCUGUUUUCUGUGUCUGUUCCUUUAAAUGAAAAUGAGCUCUCUGACCACGCCCCCUUUGGAAGUGGAUGUGGCCUCGGCUGUCCAGCACGUUGAUCUAAUGUUUACAUGUUGCAUGCAUAGACAUGGCUGCUCACAGACCCGCAUUACUUCAACCCUCUGAAUUUGAUCCAGAAUCUGAUCCUGACGGAGAGGCGCCUGCAGCAGGACCUUUCUGAACGAUAGGUCCCAGAUUUAGUGUUUCUUGUUGUUUUAUUUGUCAGUAUGUCGACGUGUGUCUUGGUACAAAGCGACAAAUAUGUAACUAUGUGGCUAUGCUAACUAGUGCUAGCACUUAUCCAUGACAAAUAAAAAUCAUCCACUAGAUCUUCAAAUCUGCAGACGUGGGGAGUAAAACCGUCCUUUGUGUUUAUUAAGACAGCCUACAACUAGCAUGCCUCCCUCCUAAGCUCCUUGUUAGCACACAUGUGUGCAGGUAAUGAAAAAUGGAGGAGGGGUUGAGUUGUAUUUCAUACAGUCUAUGGGCUGAACAAACUCCAAGCUCUGACUUCCGAUACAGACCAGAUGGCGUUGUGACGUAUGAAAAACACAGAAAACUGAAACGGCUCGUUUCAGCACACAUUUACAGAAAGGUGUAGAAAUCAAAACAAGGGCAGAAUGGAUUUUUUUUUCAUUUUCGGGGGGUUUGUAGACAUGCCAGGGAAACAUAUUUCAGGUAGAGAACUGUUAAAAAGUCGAUUUUGCAUGAUAUGUCACCUUUAAAACUCAUACGCUCAUCGGUUUUUAAACCUGAAAAUUUAACUGGCAAUGUCUGCUGAUUAACGAAAGCUACUAUACAUGGUAAAGAGUUUAAUAGAUGGUCCAAGCAAAAUUGGUGAAAGCAUAGCAUCAACUUCAUGGUAGGUUAAACUUUCUAAUAGGUUAUAAGAAAAAAUUUGAGUCUAAUGUGUCUCCUGGCAAUUAUAUAAGGUGCAACAUGCAAAUCUCUGUCAUUAUUAUUGUUACAACAUUGUUCAUGAUAGAUUAUCAUUUUAUAUCAUUAUAGGCUGUUGUGAAGUUAAGAUGGAAGUAUGUUUAAUGCACUUCACAUCUAACAAGCAUCCAAAAGUCUGAAUGAUUUUGGAUCUGUCACUAACACAAUAAAGUGUAACAGCGUGUCUUGGGAAUAACUUAUCAGCUGUUUACAAACUAUAUUUUGUUUGCAUUUGAUAAAAAAAUCACCACAUACUGUCUGAUAUUCGUACUUUCACUUCAUCAUAUCCUUAUGUCACAAUAAAUCAUUUGACAUGUUUGUA